UUCUUCGCAAAGUCACAUUUGACCUCUAGGCACCAGGGACAGAUCGUCAGGUCGAUCAGAGAGCUUCUUGCUCCACCAUGGACGCUCUCCUCACCUCAUUGCGGGCCCUUUCACUUCUCCCGCCAAGCCCAUCACAGCUCCUGCAGUUGCUAGCCUCGCCGUCAAGCCCUGAGGAAGAGGAGAAGGAGUCGCGUGACCUGGCCAGAGUCCUCAGCCUGGGCUCGUACGACCCGGACAACGAUGGGACAUCGGAGGAUGCAGGUGCUGCUGGUCUGGGCAUCGACCGAGAGCUCAUCGAGGACGGCGUAGUUGAGAUGAUCCGCUCAUUCCGCAAGGAGGUGGCCAAGAUGCGUAGCGCAUAUGAGGCCGAGGAGAACCAGCGGCAGGCUCCUACCCCUUUGCCCGCCAAAGGAACCCCGCUGCACUUCCUAAAGCUCCGGCAUGACUCCCUGCUGCGGCAGACAGAGAAGCUCGAUAACCUCUACGGGGGCUACAGACCUCGCGUCACCUUCAGCGGCGGACCCAGCUUCUCAUCCGAGCUCGAGCUGGCGGAUCUCAAGCCGGUCGAGCGUAAAGACCAAGUUCUCGUUGGCGGCCGCCUGGACGGACACUACAUGGUAGCUCGAGUGGCCAGCACUGUUGCAAUCUAUGUCGGCGCCACCUUCCUUGUCACGCUACCGCAGCCACUGGGCUUUUCGCUGCCCAUCUCUAUCAGCCACUUCACCCCAGACCCCAGCCUGUCUAGCGUUGCAGCUUCGCAAUCACUGCCGGAGGGAACGCUUCUCGCGUUGAAAGAGCCCUACCUCAGUCCUCACCACUCAUUGAGAGCGGCCGGCUCGUCAGGUGGUAUGGGCAUUCGAGUCGACACGCCUACUGAUGUGAUCGUCUUGGACGAGGGCCAUGCUUUGCUGAAAGGCUUGGAGUGGCCCGUCGAACCAUCGAAACCGCCUGCUGGAAGGAACAAGAAAGCGAAAGGAGCAGCCUCCGAAGAGCCAAAAUCAGCAGAUAUCGCCAGCUCCUCAAGUGGCCCUCAGUCGCGAGCUGUGUGGCUUCAAGACGGCCCGCAAUCACGACGAGCUCUUGGCGAGCGAAGCAGCAACUCUGACAGUCGCAAGCCUGCUUCUUCAGAUUCAAUACUGUCCAGCGUAGAAGUGCUACUCGGUACCGACAGACCGGGCGCCGCCUGGCGAGAGCUACAAGCAGCCUCAUCCAUCCUCGACCUCGCGCAACACGAUCCUUCUCGCUAUCACGAGCUGCGCGGUGAUGUCUUGUACAGCAUGAGCGCAUGGGAGCAAGCCGUCUCGGCAUACAGAGCAGCUGGCCUCUCCUGUGCUGACAAGCUCCAAGCAGCCUCCCUCCGGGGCCGCGAAGCCCUUCACGGCCCAGACGACACGGACGGCUCUACGGUCUCUUCAGUCUACUUCUCCCACCUCUCCUCCCCGAGCCCACGCAUAGACCUGGCAGACUGGCUCUCUCCUUCGCUCCGCGUAGCUCAAAUACCCAACGCCGGGCGCGGUCUCGUCACCACACGGCCGGUGCCGGCUGGCACUCCUCUGCUCAUGGCAAAAUCUCGAGGAUCGAGCUACCCAUCUGACAAAGAGCUGGAGCAUCAUUGUCCUGUGCUCAGGUGCGACUUUGAGAAUGGGGUGAUCAGUACGACGACGCAGGUGCUUGCAACGAGCAAGCUCAUCCAUCUGAUGAUCGAUCGGCCGGAGUUGACGCAGGAGAUUUUGGGCCUGACUGCUGGACCCAAGAUGAAGGAUAGUAGGUGGGUAGAAGCCGAAAGAUUUGAGAAGGCUAGAGCGCCGAUGGAGCAGCCGUGGGAUGGGCUGGAUCAGGAUAGGAUGGGGCCAAGAGGUGGGAUCAACGCGCUGUACGUGGACGAGGUGCUCAGGCAUAACGCUUUUGGGCCUGGCACGGUCAGGAGGCAGGGCGACGAAGGCGACGAAAAGGGAAGUGGCAGCAAAUCAGCGCACGCCAACGCCUCUCGCUCCUCCCUGCUACCGCCAGCCCUACACCGCAAACUGUCCCUGGAUCCCCCGUCGGCCUUCUCUCGCUCCACUCAACCGCAUCCGCUCCCUGCGAUCCUCAACCACUCCUGCCUACCCAACGUGUCCUCCGUCUUCCUAGGCGAUGUGGUCAUCACACGUGCACUGCGCGACCUGCGCGAAGGAGAAGAGAUCGGCCACGAGUACGUCCGCGGUGGCGUGGACUAUGCGGCGAGGCAGGACACGUUGAAGAAGCAUGGAUUCGUGUGUAGGUGUGCGCUUUGCGACUUGGACAGAGGCGAUGGGAUGGAAAGGCUAGGGGAAAGGAGAAAGCUCUUUGCUGUGAGGGCGCCCGCCAUCUUCAGCAGAAGCGACGCAUUACUGCGACAUACCGCCAACGGCGUUAUGGAAGGGAUGGCAGAGCAGGAUCGCGAGAAGCACGAGGAGGUGAGGGAGUCGCUGCAGGAGUUGGAAGCGGAAUUAAUGGACACGUACGGGGGAGAGAGGAGAGGCAAGCUUCGCCCUGAGAUGAGGGAGACGCUUGAGCGAAUCGCGAGGCACGCUGUUUGUGAGAGGAAGCUGGGGUUGGCGCUGCGAUACUACUUGCGCUCACUCCAGAGCGUCAAUGCAGUGUUGAAGGGAGAGUGGGAGCGAGUGGCGGACGACGGGGAGGAGGAGGAGGGCGGAGAGCUCGUCUGCGCAACGCAGGAGAAGCUGACAAUACGAGGGCCGGACGAUACGGCUCCUCCCGUCAUCGCCCUCACGCAAUGCCCCGCUCUCCACGUCGACGAGGCACAACGCACUCUCUGGCGAAUCUCGCAGCUCUACCUGCUGAGCCCCAGUUCCUCGUCCCACUCGCACCACCUCUCCCUCGUAUGGUCACGGACGGCCUACUGGGUGCACUCGAUCCUCAUCGGCGGCGGGUACGAUGUCUUCCGCGAUCGCUGGGGUCCUACGAGCGCGGAAGAGGAAGAGAGCCUCGAGUGGAAGGAGGCUUGGCGUCUUUGGAACGAUGAGUGCGGGCGGCCAAGCAAGUAGAGGGGACAUGGGCAAGCAUAGAUUAGAUGAUGACGAUUGGAGCGCAAAGUCUUUGUACAGAGUAGAUGAAAGGAUGCUUAGAUGAUUGUACAGUUGAUGCUAGAGAAAAGAAGAAGAAGAAGCAACGAUCCCGUGGGUAGUCCAUGCUCAAAUCCACAAAUCGACCUGAUUCCCAAAGUAGUUC